AUGAAGACUCCUCUCAGCCCCUCUCAGUUCCUGGAGAGCGGGCAGAUCUUUGCCUUUGGAGGAGUGUGUCAGGAGCUGAUGGACACACCUAUGCCUACAGCCAUCGGUCUCUCUGCCCAGCAGACUGCUUCACCAGGUCAGGGCGGGGCCUAUUCGCUGUGUGAUGUGUGUAACCUGCAGCUGACAUCUACCGCUCAGGCCCAGCUGCACUACAACGGCCGGUCUCACCUGCGGAGAGUGAGACAGCUCAAGGCUGGAGAGACAGGACAGCAUCAGGCAACAGCAGGGGCUCAGUCCCGGUCUCUUCCCCAGCCUGUAGGACUAACUCCAACCCCAGGCCUCAGUCCUGGCCUCAGCGCUCCACCCAGCACCUCAGCAGGAAGUGUGUGUGGUACAGUGGGCAGUGCGUUGCCGGGGCUGAUAGGCACCAGCGGUCCCUCAGUGAUGAUGAAACCGUUCUUGUCAUUUCCUGUUGAGACAACGUCGCCGGUUGGACUUUUCCCAAACUUCAACACGAUGGACCCAGUGCAAAAGGCUGUCAUCAACCACACCUUUGGCGUUACCAUGGUGCCCAAGAAGAAACAGGUCAUCUCCUGUAAUGUCUGCCAGUUGAGGUUCAACUCUGAUUCUCAGGCGGAGGCUCAUUACAGAGGAAGUCGUCAUGCCAAGAAACUCAAGUCUCAGGAGAACAAGGCCAAGGCCAAGAUGUCAAUCACUGGAGAGACCAAUGGGAGGAGCACUAGCCUUACUGGCCCCGCCCUUCCAAUCUCAGCUAACAGCAGCACCAAUCAGCACACAGAACUCUUAUCCAGCCUCACCAACCCCUCUUCUCCCCUCAAACCCUUCCUCCUCCCCUCUUCCUCCCCCCUCUCCUCCACCUCCCCAUCCUCUAGUAGAGCGGGCAGUGAGCCUCCGCCCUCUAGCCCCCCCUCCGCUCUCCCUGCCCCGGGCAUCUCCUCCUCCUCCUCUUCCAGCUCUUCCUCCAAAGCCCCUCCACCUCCUCCGGCACCUGUUCCCUCCUCUUCCUCCUCCUCCUCCUCCCCUGCUCCUCCUCCUCUUUCCUCCCAGGAUGCACCUCUCUCAGCUGAGUCAGAGGAGGAGAAGGCGAAGAAGCUGCUGUACUGCUCUCUGUGUAAAGUCGCUGUCAACUCUCUGUCUCAGCUGGAGGCUCAUAAUGCAGGUUCGAAGCACAAGACAAUGCUAGAGGCUCGGAGUGGUGCCGGGCCAAUCAAGGCCUACCCUCGACCCGGAGGCAAGCUGAAGAACGGCAGCAGCAGCUCCACACUGAAGGGCUCCGGACUGCAGAACAAAACGUUCCACUGCCAGAUCUGUGAUGUCCACGUCAACUCUGAGAUCCAACUUAAACAGCACAUCUCCAGCAGGAGGCACAAGGACAGAGUGGCAGGAAAACCCAGCAAGCCCAAAUACAGCCCAUAUAACAAACAGCAGCGCAGCAAUCUCACUGAGUUGGUGAAGCCCUCCCUCUCUCCCUCCUUCCUGCCUACCCCCUUCCCUCCUCCAUCCUCCUCUCUCACCUCCUCCAUCUCGCUCCCUCCCUCUUCCAUCUCACUCACUCCCUCCUCUCUCGCUUCUUCACCCCUCCUCACUCACACCUCCUCGUCCCUCUCCACUGCCAUCUCUCUCCACCCUCGCCCUCCCCCCGCCACUUCGUCUCUCUUCACCGCUUCCUUCCUACGUCCGGCUCCCGGACCAAUCAGAGCGAGCCAAGGAUCGAUUCUCUUCACUCCCUACUGA